UCGCCUCGUGCCUGCGUGGGUCGUAGGGUGAUAAUAAACUAAAGACACACAUAGUAUUUAAAUGCUACUCCACAAUUCCUCGUCACUUCAUUUUGAACCAAGCUUUGAGACAGACCAGCAGCAGCACGAGCAGGGCUUCUACACUUUCCAUAAGUAUGAAGUACACGAUUCUUCUCGCCCUUGUUGCCAUGGCAACAGCCGCGGACGCUGCAUCCCUCUGCAAGAAUGAGGAUACAGCCGUGGCCGACCUGACGGAAGCCGCCAUCUUGGAAACUGCGCCACCGGUGAACGUGACCCUGUACUACGAAUGCCAGUGCGGCGGCUGUCAGCAAUUCAUUACAGACGUUCUGUCCAAAGCGGUUGACGUGCUCGGAGAGAAGGGCACCUACAUGGACUUCAACUUUGUUCCUUACGGCAACGCUCAAGAAUCUUAUGACAAGUCCAAGAAAAGGUGGGUCUUCACUUGUCAGCAUGGCCCUGGAGAAUGUUGGGGAAACCUAGUGGAAACUUGCGCGAUCCACUACAAGCCAAAGUUCGAGGAUCACUACAAGUUCAUUCACUGCUUUGAGGAAAACUUUUCCUACCCAUCAUCUGAUUGGAAACCGGUUCUGGAGAAGUGCGGAAAACUCCACAAUAUGCCCGUGGAAGAGAUCGGGUCGUGUGUGACCAGUGACAUUGGGAACCAACUCGAGCACCAGAUGGCGGAGAGGACCGUAGCCCACCAUGUGCAGUGGGUUCCUUGGGUUAUCAUCAACGGAGUCUUCUACAAGGAUGCUGCCGAUGACCUCUUGACUGCGGUGUGCAAAGCUUACACCGGGCCCAAACCCAAGGGGUGUCCACAGUGAGCUUUGACUUGUGGUUUAUGACGUCGUUGGUUUAGUAGUUAGGCUGUUUGACUCGAAAUCGCAAGGUAGUGGGUUUGAGUCCCAUCAGCAACCCGACGUUGUGUCCAUGGGAAAGACACUGUACACAAAAUUUCCUCACUUCACCCAGGUGGGAAUGGGUACCCGGCUAUUGACAGCGAAAGAUCAUGUCAGUUUGUUAGUGUUAGUGUUUGAGCGCUAAAUCAGGAAGCCAACAAAUUUUCGGAAUAAUUUAGGGUCUGCUGGGGUAUUAAUAAUAAUAUAGACAGUAAAGCGCAUAGACUUUGCCGUUGAGCUUUGGUAUGCGCUAGACAAAUGUCAUUUAUUAUUAGUUGUAUAAUGAAUGUUGAUGUUGUUGUUGGAAAUAAAAUACUGUCAGAACUCAACUACUAAGAAAA